CUUUUUCUUCUCAUUACAUCCCAAGCAACUUAAAGAGCAGCAUUUGCAACAAUUCCCUCUUGCAUCUCCCAGGGCCUUAGAAAACGCCUUGCUUAUUUUAAGAUUUAACAAACCUUAACUGACAUAAAAGGCAGUGCGAAUAGCAGUGAGGUUCCUUGUAAAUUACCUUCCUGGGCUCCAUCCUAAGCAAGGGCUCAGGGGCAGCGCCCCCUGGUGUCCAGCCGGUAGUACGCAGAAGCAAGUCCAACUGGCCUGGUGGUAAACUUCUCUUAGUCCCAGCCUGGGUGGCCACAAGGAGGCAGCAGGAGCCCAGCCAAGAACCAACGUGGCUCCUCCUCCAAGGCCUCAGCCACCAGGCCAGUGCACCCUCCCUCUCCCAAGCCAUACCUCUCCGUUAGGGGCGGAUCCCUCCCAGAACCUAUUGGGUUUAAGGACGAACAGCCAGCACCCUUCUAAUAAAAAAAAAAGAGCGAGCCCAGCCCCUGCUGUCCGUCAGCCUCCCACUUCUGCCCAGAACCAAGGCCAUGGCGAGCUUGCCUAGGAAGCUGGAGCUGUUCUACGAUGUGCUGUCCCCCUAUUCCUGGCUGGGCUUUGAGAUCCUGUGUCGAUAUCGGAACAUCUGGAACAUAGAUUGUCAACUGCACCCAACCUUCAUCGGAGGGAUCAUGAAGGACAGUGGGAACCUACGGCCUGUCUUUGUACCUCGAAAAAAGAAAUAUCUGAAGGAUGAACUCCAAUACCUGGCAGAAUUUUACCAAGUUCCCCUUGUGAUUCCCAGGGAUCUUCGAGGAGUGGUCAUAGAUAAAGGGAGCCUGGAUGCCAUGCGAUUCCUCAGCUCCGUUGAAAUAAAGAACCCUGAAAUGUUGGAGAAAGUGUCACGGGAGCUGUGGAUGCGUAUCUGGUCACGGGAUGAAGAUAUCACAGAACCCCAGAGUAUCCAGAUUGCUGCAGAGAAAGCAGGAUUUUCUGAAGAACAGGCUAAAGGUCUACUAGAAAGGUGUUCAACUGAAGAGGUGAAGGAGAAGCUAAGAGAAACCACAGAUACAGCCUGCAAAUAUGGGGCCUUUGGGCUGCCCACUGUACUGUUCCACAUGGAUGACAAAUCCCACAUCCUCUUUGGUUCUGACAGGCUGGAAUUGCUGGCCCACCUGCUAGGAGCCCAGGCAGGAGCAAUGUUUCCGGGCCAAGUGUGGGGGAGACUGGUGAAGCCAUUAGGCCUCCUGUGCUGUUCCGCCAUCCUCCUAGGGUUUGUCCUGUUGGGCCAGCAUUCGAACAUCAAACCUGUUGCUUAUUUGUGCCUCGCCUUAGGUGGACUCCUUCUCUUUAUCUGCCUCCUCUCUUGUUUCAAGGAAUGGGGGCUCCAGGCAAUUCGAACAGAUACCUCGGGGGUCUUGAGCUCAGGACAGGACAAUGCAGCCUUUGAAGUACCAAACUAUGAGGAAGCUGUGGUAUCGACUCAGGGCCCCAACUCAGAUUUGGGUGAGCCCCCACCCUACAACACUGUGAUUCCCUCACCUCUUCAGGAAGGGGAAUCUAACCAUUUGGCAGGACUCACAGGAGCCAGAACAGAGAGGCGGGGAAGGUCAGAAGGUACGAUGACCCAGACAGAAGGCUCCUUGGGCACCCCAAUCAAUCUCCGACUUCGGGGACACCUAAUGUUGUCUGAAACACCCCCAUCACAAAGCCUGCCACGUUUGGAGCCUCUUACCCCACCCCCAGCAUAUGAGCUCAGCCCUAGUAACCAUGAUAUCAAUGAUGACAGUGUAUUCUAUGAGGAGGGCUGGCCACCUCCCUAA